AUUCCUCCAAUGAGGAUCCGGUUUAUUGAGACAAGACAUUAACACUUCCGCAUCAGACCUCAGCAACAAACUCAGUCAGAGGCAGUGCAAAAAGGACAUGGAUGUUGAUAAAAGUGAGGGAAAUCGUGAUGACAUCUCAAGCAAUGUUGUCAAGAUCCCAGAGCGAAUGUUACUCCGGGAGCAGGCGAGGCUGGACGAGGUCGAGCGGAGGAAGGAGGCCAAAGAAAGCCAUUCGGUCGCGGACGAAAACAGUGAGUUUUUCACUAAGGCGUUCAACAGAGACCGGGCAGCCAUUGAAGACCUGAUUUCCAUUUGCUCUGGGGCUGAUCGGGCAUCGGCAACGCAAACAUUGGAUGCGGCUACUGCUAAGACACAACAAUUACAAAAGUUUCUGAAUGACAGCAUGAUGUUUCUGGCGCAAUACGAGUUAAGACAGGCACAAGCUGCCUUGCAAAAACUGCAGACAUCCCUCGCCGAAAAGAGAGAUGAGGCUUUGCCUAAAAAGAAAUUCGCCUUCCGAUCCCGUACGAAGGCUACCGAACAGGUCGACGACACGGUACCAGCAACCCUAGCUGGGGAGACUGUUAUCGAUGGUCAAACACCCGCAGCAUCUGAUAUUGGCAAGGUGGAAGAGACUGUGCAAUGUGGCUUUUCCAACAUGGAUGAUGUGGUUCUCACCAAAACGGCAGGGGAGAUCAAUAAAAAUGAUGUUUUGUUGUCUCAACUGACAAACUGCAAGGUUCGUCUAUUUGGUUCACCCAGCACACUACACAUCAAGAACGUGAGUGGCUGUGAGAUCCUUUGCGGCCCAGUGUCUGGCUCUGUAUUCGUGGACCACUGUAGCAACACCACCCUCGUUCUCCCCUGCCAGCAGCUGAGAACACACAACACCACUUCCACACAGGUGUACCUGCAUGUGACCAGCCGUGCCAUCAUCGAGGACUGCCAUGGGGUCAGCUUCGCUCCGUUUACCUGGUCCUAUCCAACCCUGGACGAGGACUAUGUGGUGUCUGGACUGGACCUCGCCCGCAACAACUGGUCCCAGGUGGAUGAUUUUAACUGGCUUGCUGCAACACAGUCACCUAACUGGACUCUCAUUCCUGAGGAGGAUAGAAAAACAACUUGGGAGACCUAAACGAAGGAUUCAGUUUCUCGCGAUAGGACUCUUAUAAAACCAACAUGUGAAAUAUGUCUGCUGUUCUUAAACUACAUUGCAAUCCACCUAUUAACAGAACUUUUGGCCUUUGUAUGUUUUCAAGGUUAUUUAUGACACACUACAUGUCAUUGCCAUUUCAUCAAUAUCAAACGUUCAGCUAAAGAACUUAAAGCAAUUGUGACAUAUUAUUGCUUUGAAUGACAUAAAGCACUUGCAUGCAAUGUUCAUAAAUGUUGAAUAAUUAAUUGAUCUUCAGAAGGAGUUGGAUUAAAAGGCACGGUAGGAUGUCUAGACAAAAUACAUGUGCCUUUCAUGUUAGUGAUGUUGUUUACUAUCUACAUGUGAUUUACAACUUUUGUUCAACAGAUAUUUAAUGAUGGCUUUGCUUGUUUUAAUUAAAGUGUUUUGAUGAGCAUU